UAUCCUUGAGCAAGGUGCUGCUUAACCUGCAUUGCUUCAGUAUAUAUCCAGCUGUAUACAUGAAUACAGUGUAAAUGCUGUGUAAAAAGUUGUGUAAGUCGCUUUGGAUAAGACUGUCUGCUAAAUGAUUGUAAUGCAAUGUAGGUCUGUUCAUAAACCAUUGUACCAGCAUGUCCCAGGUGCCACCACAGUGUAAUGCGUAUUCAUCCACUGAACAAAGGGGUCUGGUUUGUAUGGAAUAUGCUCCUGAGCUCCUGAGAAUUUUGUGGACUGUCCCGAACAAAAUGUUUUUUGUUUUUGUUUUUUUCUUUCUGAGGCAAGACAUGCUGACCGGAACAGAAGGCCACAGGUUGGCAUUCUCUCCAGCGCUCGAUGGGUGAGAACGAGUCGUCCCAUAUCUAGAAUCUCCUCCCUGUGCAUCAUUGUCAGAAGGCUCGUAGCAUUUUAUUCGACCUUUGUCUCUGCCCUGGGAGCGUCACAGAAUGCCUCACCCUUCACAGCAUUUUUCUGUCAUGUUCAUUCAAGGGCAGCUUCCAUGAAUUCUCUUGAGCCAAAAUAUAUGUAUCUACGCCCCCCAGUACCUUCGGAAGAGACGAUAAACCGAGGUCCCGAUUCACUGAGGUCAUAAAAGAUUAUGACGGUGGAAGAGUACAGUAGAGUUUGCAGACACAAUUCAACAAGGCCUUCAGUGAGGAAGCCGCAAUGCGUCACCUGGUGGACAAACAGAGGAAGCGUCAGAAGACCUGGAGUGGCCUCAAUACAAGAGGCUAUAACUACAAAGUGCGUUGUCCUAAAUUUUGAAGAUGUAAGCAAGCAUUUCUGUUUUCCAGCGUUUUGUAAAAAUGCUGCCACCAAACUCACGAUCUGGUUGAAGAAAAGUAACGUGUUUUAAUAAUUUAAAUGCGUAGCUCUGCAUUUGUUUUUAAAUUAAUUUUAUUAGUGCGUUUUAUUUUUUCUUCCCCAAUUUGGAAUGCCCAGUGGUAUACAUAUCGGCGCUCAUUUUUGCGCCCUCCAUUAUCAGUUCGGUAGAAUUGCAGACAGCCUGUACUGUGCUCGGAAACACCUGAGGUCCGCGCCGUCGCUUCUUAUUCAGAAGUCGGGCGCGUGCAGACCUGAGCUGGUGCAGCUCGACGGGCGCACUCGCCGGCGACCGAUCGACCGAAGGCCGUGCGUUUUACAAUAUACUGCCGCGGAUUCCGUUGUCGUCAUGGGACACCUACAUCCCACAAGGACACAGGUAGCCUACCACCUGCUCACUCGCAACCCUCCUCCUGUCAUCAGUCGGAAUCUCCCUCUUCCGACCAAUCACACUCUUCCUUUUCCCAUCCAAUCGGAUUCCGGCUCACCUGGCCCGUGCCGUGGAGAAGGCACUCCAAGCCCAGGAGAUCGCGGGAUAAGAUGGAGAACAGGGACAGAGGAUGCCGCCGUUGCUGGAGCUCCGUGAAAAGGAAUCUUUGCCUGAUUGCUACCAUUGGAGCAGUAAUUUUGGGAAUCGUGCUGGGGUUGCUGGUUCGAGAGUAUGCCUCCCUCUCCGAGCUCCAUAAGCACUAUUUUGGCUUCCCUGGGGAAAUCCUGAUGAGGAUGCUCAACAUGGUGGUCCUCCCACUAAUCAUUUCCAGCAUCAUAACAGGGGCGGCGGCCCUGAACCCGGAGGCGUUGGGCGGCAUCGGCCUGCGUGUGGUGAUAUGCUACCUGUCAACAACCGCCAUCGCCGUCUGCCUGGGUAUCACCAUGGUGACAGCCAUCAGACCCGGCUUCCCCCGAGACAGCCGCAGUGGGAUCGGGCCCAGGCCAGAGGUCGCCGCGGCGACGGACACCAUGUUGGAUCUGCUCAGGAACAUGGUCCCUGAGAACCUGGUGGGAGCCUGCUUUCAGCAGUACAAAACGCGCAGGAAAGAGGCGGACGCACCUGCAGCGGAUGUUUCACCCGCACCUGUGCCCGUCUCCAUAGCGACCCUCUCAUGGCAGAACAUCAGCCAGAACUCGACAGAGGGGCAGAACUACCCCACAGAGGGGCAGCAGUACUCGAUAGAGGGGAGGUACUACGAGGGGAUCAACAUCCUGGGCCUGAUCGUGUUUUGCCUGCUGUUCGGGCUCACCGUGGGCAGAAUGGGGGAGCGGGGGCGGGUCCUGGUGGAGUUCUUCGACGCGCUGAACGAGGCCACCAUGAGAAUCGUCCAGAUCAUUAUGUGCUACAUGCCCGUUGGGAUAGUCUUCCUAAUUGCUGUGAGGAUCGUGGAGGUUGAAAACUGGGACAUGGUCCAGAAACUGGGGCUCUUCAUGGUGACCGUGUUGAGCGGGCUGGCCAUCCAUGCCUGCCUCGUUCUCCCGCUGCUCUACCUGGCGUUUGUGAGGAGGAACCCCUUCAGGUUCGCCUGGGGGAUGGCUGAAGCUCUGGUGACCGCCCUCAUGACCUCGUCCAGCACGGCCACGCUGCCUGUGACGCUGCGCUGCGCGGAGGAGAGGAACGGGCUGGACCGGCGGGUCACGCGCUUCGUCCUGCCGCUGGGCACCACCGUCAACAUGGACGGGACCGCCCUGUACGAGGCCGUCGCCGCCAUCUUCAUCGCCCAGCUCAGCGGCUACGCCCUGGGGGUGGGGCAGCUCCUCACGCUCAGUAUCACGGCAACGCUGGCCAGCAUUGGGGCAGCUGGAAUCCCCUCUGCAGGGGCAGUUACUACGAUCAUGGUGCUGUCGGCGCUGAACUUACCCCUGGAUGAUGUCACUCUCUUAAUCGCUGUCGAUUGGCUGCUGGACCGCUUCCGCACGGCGGUCAACGUUCUGGGCGACGCCUUCGCGGCCGGAAUCGUGCAGAAGCUGUCGGAGCGGGAGCUGGGGGGGGCGGGGACGCUACGCAAGCUGGACGCCGCGAGCCUCUACGCCCUCGACACGCCCCCGGGCACGGCCGACGCCGAGGAGGACGCCUACGGCAACCACGUCUUCGCCCGCGGCAACGCGCUCGCCAGCGCCGCGGCUUCGCAGCGCACCGGCUCGCCGCCAGACGGUCGCCGCAACGACGCUCGCCGCAACGACGGCUUCGCCCGCCAACGCGGCUUCGCCGCGGCAACGACGGCUUCGCCCGCAGCAACGACGGCUUCGCCCGCGGCAACGGCGGCUUUGCCAACGACGGCUUCGCCGCCAGCGUCGCCAGGCGGCGUGCCCGCGCAGGCUUGCCGAACACGCUUCGCAACGAUGGCUAGCCGCAAGCGUCUGGCCUUCAGCCCUGGCCCCGGUUUCCACCGUCUGAUCUUACAGGAGGAGAGCGCUGAGUCACCGCCCCUGCUGCUGGUGACCUUUGACCUUUGA